AUGUUUUCUAUUAGUGUACGAUCUAUUAAGGAGCCACCUAUCAGUCGGAUUUCUGUACCCGAUGAAAAAUGGCAGACGGUUCUCGCAGCCACUACUACCAUAGGAAGUUUUCUUAUCGAAUACUCUGGGUGA